AUGAACUCCCAGCUGCCACCACUGCUACUCUUGCUGCUUUUGUUGCUGGCACCACCUGGUCCCCACGGCUGCCAGGAGCCAGAAUUGGACAGGGAGCUCGUCCUGGCCAAGGUCAGGGUCCUAUUCCUGGAUGCCUUGGGAUCCCCAGCAGUGCCCCGGGAAGGUGGGGAUCCUGGAAUUCGGCGUCUGCCCCGAAGACACGCAAUGGGGCGUAGGGUCCUUGAACCUGAGGAGGAAGAUGUCUCUCAGGCCAUUCUGUUCCCUGCCACAGGUUUGGGCUGCGAGGAUGAGCCAGUGGCUGGGCCGCUGACCCAGGACUCCGAGGAGGGCCUCUUCACCUACGUGUUCCGGCCAUCCCAGCACAUUCGAAGCCGCCGGGUGACCUCGGCCCAGCUGUGGUUCCACACAGGCCUGGACAGGCAGGCCACAGCCGCUGCCACCAAUAGCUCUGCCCCUGUGCUCGAACUGUUGGUAUUAGCAUCUGGGGGUCCUCAGGCUGUGCCCAUGUCCCUGGGCCUGGCCCCCUCUCGCUGGGCCGUGCUGAACCUUGCUGCCUCUGCUUUGCCAUUGCUCGUACAGCCAGUUCUGGUGCUGCUGGUGCGCUGCCCUCUCUGCCCCUGCUCUGCCAGACCCGAAGCCACACCUUUCCUGGUGGCCCGCACCCAGGCCCGGCCACCCAGUGGGGGUGAGCGUGUCCGCCGCUCCACGCCACCACUGUCCUGGCCUUGGUCGCCGUCAGCCCUGCGCCUGCUGCAGAGACCAACCGAGGAGCUGGCAGCACAUGCCAACUGCCACCGAGCGGCUCUCAACAUCUCCUUCCAGGAGCUGGGCUGGGAGCGCUGGAUCGUGCACCCCCCAAGCUUCAUCUUCCAUUACUGCCACGGAGGUUGUGGGCUGCCCACCGCUGCCGACCAGUCCCAGCUGGGCCCCGGGGCUCCCCCAACACCCCCCACUCAGCCUCUCUCCUUGGUGCCCCGGACUCAGGUCUGUUGUGCUGCUCUCCCGGGCACCAUGAGGCCCCUCCGUGUACGCACCACCUCAGAUGGAGGUUACUCGUUCAAGUACGAGACGGUGCCCAACCUCCUCACACAGCACUGUGCAUGCAUCUGA